CUCUAGCGGAAGUAAGGCGUAUUGCAGCUAUCGAGUGGGCGGAACUGUGACUGUGGCUUGCACAAGAUGCAUAUGUGGACUAGACAGCUGUGCAGGAAAGUUCUGAGUUGUCACCUGAAGUGGUUGACACAACUACACAGAGGUGUACAGCUAUGUGCUGUUCGCACAGUAAGCACAACCCACAGUACUGGGGUUCUGGGCUCGCUACAAGUUACUCAUGGGGACCAUGUUCAUAUCAGGGAUGUAGGACAUGUGGAACAGGUGCUUGGCAAGAUGGCGGCUGGAGGUAGGGAGAAACUGCAGGUGAUCAGUGACUUUGACCACACGCUGAGUCGCUCGACGCACAAUGGCGUCCGGUGUCCGAUGACCCAUGACCUGGUGAAAGAUUCCCGUUUCAUCUCGGAGUCCAACCAGCGUAGAAUCUGUGAGAUCUGGAGCUACUAUUACCCCAAGGAGAUCUCCACCACCCUGCCUCUUCACGAGAAAAUCCCGCUCAUGGUCGAGUUCUGGAACAAAAUCCACGACAUCUUCCUGGAGUCGGACCUCAGCCGACAAGCGAUCCGCACAAUCGUGCGGGAAAGCGAUACGCAGUUACGCGACUCCUGCAACACUUUCAUGAGCCUUCUGCAUAAAAACGACAUUCCGCUACUCGUGUUUUCCGCCGGAUUGGGGGACGUGAUCCACGAGAUGUUCGAAAAACACCACCUGGUGUUCCCCAACUGUCGCGUCGUGUCCAACUUCAUGACCUUCGACCCCGCAGGAAAGGUCGUCGGCUUCCGCGACCCGCUGAUCCACAUCUGCAACAAGAACAGGAGCGUUCUCCCGGACGACACCUACUCCUCAAAGGAGGAAGAACGGACAAACGUCAUCCUUCUAGGAGAUUCUCUGAAUGAUCUUCAGAUGGCGGACGGAGUCCCUGACCUGGACCAGAUUCUGACUAUUGGGUACCUGAGCAGACAUAUGGAGAGACUACAGGACUUUACUGAAGGUUUUGACAUCGUUUUGAUACAGGAUGAAACAUUGGAUGUUGCAAAUGCAAUUCUGGGAAAGAUUGUGGAUUCAGAUGGGUAGAAAACUACUAGUAUAUACUUGUUGUAGGAUACAGGAGUUUUCUUUUACACAACCAAGAUAGUUUACCUUGCUGACGUUUUGGUUCUAUCAGACACCUUCCUCAGAGCUUCUGACUGGAGUUCUAUAGCGGCGAGAAGUAGAACUCCAGUCAGAAGCUAUCUUGAUUGUGUAGAAGAAAACUCGUGGAUUGCACAUUCCACAUCAAGAGCUAAAGCUAGCUAUAUUGACAAAUGGGUGAGGCCAACUUUUGUGUUGGAAAUGUUCAACCCUGCCUUCAGAAUAAUUAACAGUAUGUAAGAACACAAUGUAUUGGAUUUGUACAUUGUGGAUUUGAACACUUACUCACAUGUAUUAUUGAACCAUUAAGGUACAUUUUAUUGUACAUUAUAAUUCAGCCAUGGUGCUUAUUUUAUUAAUUGCUGAAGAAUUUUGUAACUGGUACAGGCAGGUGGAACAUCAUGUUAAGUUUGAAGCUUAAGUCUAAUCAUCAUACUUCUCAUUAAGACCUGAAGUUUAAUCAUGUACUUCUCAU